GUUCUUAACAGAGGAGAAGAACAGCAGCGCGCUGUGCGUAAUGACAUCAUCCCCAGGACCCGGCGCGCGGCUGGAGGGAGAUCGGCGUGUUUCUCUCGGACUUUCACUUCUCUGGGUGUUAGAAUGGCCACAGACGACAUAGCCCAGCUGGCAGAUGCUCUCUCCAAAACCCAUGUUGGGGAUGGAGAGCUGAGCUUCAAAGGCUUGGGACUGAAACUGGACUCUGAACAAUCAGUUGAAGAUUUAGUUAAAGAAAUUGAUCAAUACCAAGAUCUGAGAGCUCUUCGUCUGGAAGGAAACACUCUGGGAGUGGAGGCAGCCCAAGCUAUUGCCAAAGUUUUGGAGAAAAAAGACCUGCUACAGAAAUGUUAUUGGAGUGAUAUCUUCACUGGAAGAUUGCGUUCUGAAAUCCCAACUGCUCUGCGCUCCCUGGGCAGUGCACUCAUGUGUGCAGGGGCCCGGCUCACUGAGCUGGACCUCAGUGAUAAUGCUUUUGGUCCUGAUGGUGUGAAGGGAAUUGAGCAGCUGCUGAAGAGCCCAGCCUGUCAUACGCUGAGAGAGCUACGGCUCAACAACUGUGGCAUGGGGAUCGGGGGAGGAAAGAUCUUGGCUGAUGCCCUGAUUGAGUGCCAUCAGGAGUCCUCAGCGCAGGGAGUACCUCUUAAACUGAAAGUGUUCAUUGCAGGAAGAAACCGCUUGGAAAAUGAAGGAGCCAGUGCUUUAGCCAAGGCAUUCAAGCUGAUGGGAAGCCUCGAGGAGGUCCACAUGCCACAAAAUGGGAUCAACUCCACAGGAGUGAUGGCUCUAGCCUCAGCCAUGAGACACAACCCUGAGCUGAGAGUCCUCAACUUCAAUGAUAACACGUUCACCAAGAAAGGAACACUGGCUAUGGCCCAGGCUCUGAAGCAUCUAAAGAACAUUCAAGUUAUCAACUUUGGUGACUGUCUGGUCCGCUCUGAAGGGGCUAUUGCCCUCGCUGCAGUGCUAAAAGGACUACCCAUCCUCAAAGAACUUAACUUGUCAUUUGGGGAGAUCACAGAGGCAGCAGCUCUUGUGGUGGCUAAAGCUAUUGCAGAAAAAUCUCACAUGGAGAUAUUGGAUCUUAAUGGAAACUGCUUGGGGGAGGAGGGCUGUGAGGCUUUGAGAGAGGUUAUGGAACAAAGGGAAAAAGGAGAAAUGCUUGCAUCACUAAGUGAUGAUGAAGGAGAACCCGAGGAUGAGGAUGAUGAUGAAGAUGAAGAGGAUGAAAAUGAAAAUGACAGUGGUAAUGGGGCUGAUGAAGAAGAAUGUGGCUCUGGGAAGAAGGAAGGAUUUAUUAGUGAGGACAGUCCCGCAAAACCUACUUGCUCGGCAGAAGUGAUGGCUUUUCUCACUAGCCCUACAGUAGAGAAGCUCAUUCAGCUGGGAGAGACACGUGUAAAUGUGCAACUACAGGUAGAGACCUCUGAUCCGCACAAAGCCGCUGAACUCCUUCUGAAAGUUGCUGCUUUAUAUUGUGACGAGCCUGAAGCCAAGGAAGCUGUACUGGAAAUUAUUGAUGGUGUUAUGAAAAAGUGCCUCUCUGGCUCAGACCUGCAGUCGUACUGCUUCCUCUCCACACUGCUGGUUAUGAUGGGACUGCUUAAGGGUGAAGGCAAAGUAAAGAAGAUGAGUCUGGUCCCUGGUCAACUGCUCUGUUUGGAACACGCAAUCCAACAAAACUAUUUUAAACCAGAUUACACCUCACUCCUUUACACUUUUCUUUCCAAGAACACGGAGGCUCUUAAGUCCUGCAGCAGUGCCAGAGAUACGCUGAUGUCUACACUUGAGAAUACACGCAACAGUGAAGAAGACUGAUCUCCUCCAAAAUCAUAAGCAAAGCCUUUAAACUUGAACAAGGGACGAGGACAACCACUGGUCUCCUUUUUCGUUUGUAUAUUUUGGGAUGAAGACUGUCCUGAAACUCUAUUUUUUUACUUAAUACUUAUUACAUAUUUUUAUAGAAAAAUAGUUCUUGCUUUGAAUUGGCAAAUUUAAAAUAUAAAAUGUUGGGCAUUUUUUAAAUUAGUUUGAAAUGAGUUCAGCACUUCAGUCUGACCACCUUUAGGACGGUCUGUUCAGUCACUGCUGUAUAGGGCCUGGGACCACAAUAACAAGUUUCUUUCACUGGAUGAGGCACAAUGUCUGUAAAAAUGUCUUUUUUUAAAAACAUGUUAAACAAUAUUACCUCAAUGUAAGAUGAAGAUUAAGGGACAUGUUUACCCUCAGGCAGGACAACAAAAGUCAGUUUUUGCAGUUGUAAUAAAUAGCAAUAUAUUAAA